AUGCGGGGCCAGGGCCGUAAGGAGAGUUUGUCCGAUUCCCGAGACCUGGACGGAUCCUAUGACCAGCUCACGGGCCACCCUCCAGGGCCCACUAAAAAAGCGCUGAAGCAGCGGUUCCUCAAGCUGCUGCCUUGCUGCGGGCCCCAAGCCCUGCCCUCAGUCAGUGAAACUGGCCGGGUCCUCCGCUUUCUCGGUGACAGUUCGCUCCCUUCAGCAUUAGCCGCCCCAGCCUCCUUCCGCCCCCACAGACCCCGCCCGCUGGACCCAGACAGCGUGGAGGAUGAGUUUGAACUGUCCACCGUGUGUCACCGGCCCGAGGGUCUGGAGCAGCUGCAGGAGCAAACCAAGUUCACGCGCAAGGAGCUGCAGGUCCUGUACCGGGGUUUCAAAAACGAAUGUCCCAGCGGAAUUGUCAAUGAAGAGAACUUCAAGCAGAUUUACUCCCAGUUCUUUCCUCAAGGAGACUCCAGCACAUAUGCCACUUUUCUCUUCAAUGCCUUUGACACCAACCAUGAUGGCUCAGUCAGUUUUGAGGACUUUGUGGCUGGUUUGUCAGUGAUUCUUCGGGGAACCACAGAUGACAGGCUGAACUGGGCCUUCAACCUGUAUGACCUCAACAAGGAUGGCUGCAUCACCAAGGAGGAAAUGCUUGAUAUCAUGAAGUCCAUCUAUGACAUGAUGGGCAAGUAUACAUAUCCUGCACUCCGGGAGGAGGCCCCAAGGGAACACGUGGAGAGCUUCUUCCAGAAGAUGGACAGGAACAAAGAUGGCGUGGUGACUAUUGAGGAAUUCAUUGAAUCUUGUCAAAAGGACGAGAACAUCAUGAGGUCCAUGCAGCUCUUUGACAAUGUCAUCUAGCUCUCCAGGAGAGGGGGUCAGUUGUUCUGGGGGGACCAUGCUGUAGCCCUAGUCCAGGCGGACCUCACCCUUCUCUUCCCAGGUCUGUCCUCAUCCUAGCUCUACCCUGGGGGCUAUAGGAAUCCAAGAGCCUGGGGAUUCAGUGGUCCAGAUUGCUGGAGCUGAGGGGGCUAUAGAGUGGGCAGAGUGUAUCUGUGGGGUGUUCCCAACUCCCAACAGCUCCCCCUUCCUGCCUGAAACUCAGUGCUGAGGGUGCCCCUGCUAUAGGAAUUGAGUGGUCCUCCCCCUUCCACCCCCACUUGAGAAACCACAACGCUAGACAAAAUGUCUCCUGCUAUGGUGCUUCCCCCAUCCCUGAUCUCAUAACCAUUUCCCCUAAGACUCCCUUAUCAGAAAGGCUGUUCUGUCCUUGGCACUGACUGGCCUUUCAGACCAGGGCCUUUGAGAGCCCUGUAGGAGGUGGACAAGAAUGUAGAGGGAGUAAUCUUGGGCCUGAGCCAGUGCUUAGGUCCUAGGAGGUAGCUGGGGUAGAGAACAGAAGGGCCUGGGGAUUAUCAGUGAGAGCAUGCCAGGCUAUAGCUUUGAGCUCUACAGGUCUGCCAUUCCAAGCUGUCAGAAUAUGAAUUUCCAGCCUCUUCAGAAGACCUUGUUUCCUUGGAAAUACCCCAGAAAAUUUCCAAGUAUCCCAGGAGAGUCUGGGAUCCUGGUGUUUGGCUCAUCCUUGGAAUUCCCUCCUCUCCUCCCUUCCUGUUUGUGUAGUGGUGGUGGCAGCAGAGGGAAGAUAGGUGGGAGCUGUCUUGGCUGAUACCUGCCAAAGUUUCAGCCUACCCUCUCUGAUGGCUGCAACUUAAGUUUUCAUUUGCCAUUUCCUCUAGACUUGGAGGCAUAGAGUAAGUCAGGGACCACACAGUGGAUGCCUUAGAAGAAAAAGGAAGGAAGGAGGCAGGCAUAGAUUUGAACCCAGUGUGGGGGCAUUUAUUAGACUCUGUGAUAUACCCAGGCUCUAUUCCUGCCCCAACGUAGCCUCCUAAUUGCCCACCCAGAAUCUCCUCUUGCUCUAUUCAAUCUACCCAGAGAUGCCCCUGAGCACAUCUUGAAGGCAGGGACCAUAGGACCCAGGUCCCACCCCACUGUCAGCACCCCUGCCGUGCCGCCACCCCUUAAUAUAUCUGCUUGUCCCAUUUAGCUCACUCUCCCAGUCAGCUGUGAUCUGAGGGGGAGGGUCCCCAGGGAGCCCCCUUUCCUAUCAGAAC